AGGAUAAACCUGGGCCCUGGGUGGCGCGCACCUACAGGGUUUUUAGACUCCUCUCGAGCUCACGCGUAAGUGGCCGGUCUCCUAGGCCUCACGAGGUGAGUCAAAAUAAUAGAACACAACAAGAUAUAAAUAUGGGAAACAUACCGGACAAAGAUGCUCAGCCCUUGGUGUUGGUCCUUCGGAGACUCCUAAAGUCCAAGGACCUCAAGGUGGGGCAUAAGACUCUAAAAAAUUUCCUUGCAGAAAUUGACAGCUUUGCUCCCUGGUUUCUGCCUACAGGGCAUGUAAACCUACCCUCCUGGGAAAAGUUGGGCAGAGACCUUUCCCUAGCAAAACGGGAGGGUAGAGCUUCGGUCUCUGCUCGUCCGUUGUGGGAAAUGAUACACGCGUGCCUAAAGAGUGAGAGUAGUUACGGGGGGAGCUCUCAAGAACUUGUAGAAGUACGCAAGGUGUUUGAACAGGCACAGUCAGGAAGCUCCCGAGAAGGGUCUGUCAAGGAGGGCAGAGAUACAAAAGAGGAAGCCGAGGCUCAAGCCUCGGAGUCGUCUGACACCGAGGACGAGGGGGACUUAGAAGGCGAAGGGGCCGAGAAGGCCGAUUGCCAGGAGGCCGAGUCAGAUAAAGAGAAGGCGCGGGGCCCUUUUGCCGCGUUGCGUCGCGACCUACGCUCUGCUCAGGUAGGCUUACUAAAGAGUAGGGAGCUCCUGACGCCCCCUGGCGGGAAAAGGAGACAGAACCAUCCGCUCCGCCCUGGAGCUCAUUCCCGGAAGCGGUCCCUUGCCGCGAAGCCGCCGCGUGGGACCUACCCCCUCUUCAGUCAGUGUCGGAAGUGAUGCCCAGGCCGCCAUUUCUUGCUCAGCCGCGGCCACCAUCUUAUGAUGUCUCACCGCCGACUGGACGCUACUUUCACGGACAGCUGUGGCGAGGGGGGCGGCUAUCUAGUGGGGAUCAGCCAUUGCCAGGGAUAGACUGCGGUCCUUUCGGGAUAUAUCCUGUGCAGUUAGCCCCGGGUCAAGGGCGCAAUGUGUGGGAACCCUUUGAGAUAAAACAGAUCAGAGAGCUUAAGAGUGCUGUCACUUCCUUCGGUCCUACUGCACCCUAUACCAUAGCUAUGCUAGAAAACUUGUCUUCUGGGCCACUCACCCCAGCGGACUGGACCCAGUUGGCAAAAGCAUGUCUACCCUCAGGCAGCUACUUAGACUGGCGAGCAUGGUACGCAGAGUUCUCUGCCGAGCAGGCUGAGAGAAACGCCAGUCAAGGAAACAGGGGAUGGGACAAAGACAUGCUCAUGGGUGAGGGUCGAUACACAGAUAAUCAGACUCAGUUUCCCGGCGCUGUCUACGAGCAGAUUAAUGCCAUAGGGCUCCGUGCUUGGAAACAGGUGAGUGGUGCAGGGACGGCCUCCCUAUGCCUUUCCAAGAUAGUUCAGGGCACUACGGAGCCAUUCGUUGACUUCGUGGCCAGGAUGCAGGACGCUGCUGACAAGAUAUUCUCAGAUCAGGAUGUGGCUCGACCACUCAUCAGGCAGUUAAUUUUUGAACAGUGUACAAAAGAAUGUAAAGCAGCAAUAGCCCCACAUAAGAAUAAGGACCUUAACGCCUGGAUCAGAAUAUGCAGAGAAAUAGGGGGGCCACUUUCCCAUUCAGGAGUUGCGGCCCUCCUAGCUGCGGCAGUACAACAAAAGGGCCCUCGAGGGCCGAGGAAAGAGCGCAAGGCCAAGGGGUGCUUCGGCUGUGGGGACCCAGGGCAUAUCAAACGCAACUGCCCGAAUAACACAAGCGCCAGGCCUCGCCCCAAAAAUGAGGGAUCGUAUGGCGUCUGCGGGAGAUGCAGAAAGGGCCCACAUAAGGCAGAGGAUUGCAGAUCAGUCUAUGAUGCUCAAGGAAAUCGUAUUUGUGGCCGAGAUGUUAACGAGCCAAAAAACGGCCAGAGGGGGCCCUCCUCGCCAGCGGGCCCCCACCCCCGAGACAGGACAACACAGGGUGGCAGCCUUCCACAAGGGCUACCCCUGGGUCAGCAGGCAUGGACCUCUGUGUCGCCUCCAGACUCAUACUGACGCCCGACAUGGGUGUCCAGGUGGUUGAGACCACCUUCAAGGGGCCGCUGCCUAAAGACACGGUUGGCUUGGUGAUUGGAAGAUCCUCCACAGCCCUCCGGGGCCUCACCGUGAUCCCUGGGGUCAUAGACUCAGAUUAUACAGGAAAUAUUAAGAUUAUGGUUCAAACUCUUGUAGGUACUAUGGUAAUUAAUGAGGGGGACAGGAUAGCACAGCUCCUGCUGCUCCCCAGCCUCCAUAAGAGGUUCCAGUCUAAGCAAAAGACCAGAGGAGAUCAAGGCUUUGGCUCCUCCGGGGAGUUUUUGAGGGACUCCACAUGACUCUUGAUAAGAGGCCCAUGCUUUCGCUUAAGAUCAAUGGCAGAAAUAUAACAGGUCUCUUAGACACAGGAGCAGAUCGCUCCAUUAUCUCCAAAAAGGAUUGGCCUUCCAGCUGGCCUACCAACACAGCUGACAACACUCUCCAGGGUCUGGGGAUGGUAUCCGCCCCUCAGGUCAGUGCUACAGCCCUGCCCUGGUGUGAUGAAAAAGGUCACCAAGGCCAUUUUCAGCCUUUUGUCCUACAGUUGCCAGUGACGUUGUGGGGGAGGGACAUCCUCACCCAGAUAGACGUCACUCUUUCAUCCAACUGCUCUCCCCAAGCCAAGGAUAUACUCAAAAGACAGGGAUAUGUCCCCGGCAAAGGCCUGGGCUCAACUCUACAGGGCCGAACGUCGCCAGUGCCAGUGGAGAAAAAAGAUGAUAGACGUGGGCUGGGUUUUUCCUAGGGGCCACUGAGGAGGUUCCUCUGCCUACUCCAAUCAAGAUCACCUGGAAGUUCUUAGACCCAGUUUGGGUGCCUCAGUGGCCCUUGCCCAAGGAGAAGCUCCUAGCUCUGUCAGAAAUAGUUAAGACCCAGCUUCAGGCGGGACAUGUCAAGCCAUCAACUUCCCCAUGGAACACUCCUAUUUUUGUUAUCAGAAAAAAAUCAGGCAAGUGGAGACUACUCCACGACUUGAAAACGGUCAACACACAGAUACAGCCUCUAGGGGCAGUCCAGAGAGGACUGCCGGCACUCUCAGCCGUUCCGAGACAUUGGCCGAUCUAUAUUAUAGACCUCAGGGACUGUUUUUUCUCGAUCCCCCUACAUCCUGAAGACACCCAUAGGUUCGCUUUCACCCUACCUACCAUCAAUCAGGAAAGCCCUGACCUCAGAUACGAGUGGGUGGUCCUACCACAAGACAUGGCCAAUAGCCCUACUAUGUGCCAGAUAUAUCUAGAUUCUUUACUGACCCCCAUGCGUAAGGCCUUCCCUAGGGUUAGGUGCGUUCAUUAUAUGGAUGAUCUCCUGAUUAGCUGUAAAGACAUAAAAAUGUUAGAUAAUAUGCUUGGUCAAUUGGUCGAGACCUUGAGAAAGGCCAACUUACAUAUUGCCCCUGACAAGAUUCAAGGAGGAGACCUAGUGACCUAUCUAGGUGCAAAGAUCUCCCCCAUGCUGAUCUCCCCACAAAAGGUGAGUAUCAGAACAGAUAAUAUUCAGACCUUAAAUGACAUACAAAAGUUGUUGGGAGAUAUAAACUGGAUUAGACCUUACCUACAAGUCCCCAACUCGGACUUGAAGCCCCUAUUUGAUCUUCUAAAAGGGGACCCAGAUAUCACUUCCCGUAAAAGGCUCACUCCAAAAGCUAGAGUUACAUUGCUAAAAAUAGAAGAGGCCCUAGGCAAAGCUACACUACAGAGGAUCAACCCAGAACAGUGUUUUGACGUUUGCCUACUGCAAACCGACUCCCAACCCACAGCAGUAAUUUGACAAAAGGGACCACUGCUGUGGGUGCACCCCAAGGUUUCACCCGCUAAGACCAUUGAGCAUUACCCGGAAGUGGUCGCUUCCCUGGCCCUGGAGGCACACAAUAGAGCUAUCCAACAUUUUGGCUCCAAACCUCAGGCCAUUCGGGUGCCCUAUACCACUAACCAGAUCAAAACCCUGACUGCGUGUAGACACCUGGGCCAUUCUGAGAUGCGUCUUUCAUGGAAAAAUAGAUAACCAGUUCCCUAGGGACCCUAUAUUACAGUUUGUCGCUCAACAUCCAGUAGUCUUUCCAAAAAUCACCACCUCUGAGCCCAUUGCUCCAGCAACCACGGUUUACACCGACGGAUCUAAGACUGGGGUAGGAGCCUACGUAGUCUCAGGUAUGCCUCCAGUCAGUAUACAGUUUGAGCCAGACCAACCACAAGUGGUGGAGUUACAGAUUGUCAAAACCGUCCUUAAAAAGUUUCCAGGGGCCCUCAAUAUUGUCUCUGACUCAAAAUAUGUAGUCAAUGCCAUACAGGUCCUGAAAACAACAGGCCUAAUUAAACCAACAUCUAGGGUGACAAAGUUGCUCCUGGCUAUUCAGACAUUGCUCCUAAACAGACACACCAAGGUAUUCACCACUCACAUAAGAACACACACACAUUUGCCAGGGCCCAUGACACAGGACAAUGCGACUGCGGACAUGGCCACCCGCCCAUUGUGGAUAUUCACUUUGCUCUCAGCGAUAAAACAGGCCCGCCAUUUCCAUGACAAAUUCCAUGUCAACGCUCGAACGUUGGCCAACCAUUUCCAUAUUCCCAGGGCUAACGCGCGAGACAUCGUGUGACUGUGUGGCUCUUGUGCCACACAUAAGCCUGUCAUAUCAAUGAAAAUCAACCCCAAAAGACUAAUCCCUGGCAACAUUUGACAGAUAGAUGUCACACACAUGACAGAUUUUGGGUCUCUUAAAUAUGUCCACGUCUCUACAGACACCUGUUCCCACGUCAUAUUUACAACUACAGAGACAGGUAAAAAGGUUUCUAAUGUGAUUAAUCAUUGCCUAGCAGCUUGGGCCGCGUGGGACAAACCCAAAAUAUUAAAAACAGAUAAUGGACCAGCCUACACAAAAAAAGCCUUCAGUAAAUUCUACAAAACUAUAAAAGUACAAUUAAAACAUGGUAUCCCAUACAAUCCUCAAGGUCAAGGGAUCAUCAAGAGAGCUCACAAAAGUAUCAAGAAACUCCUAUAUAAACAAAAAGGGGGAGUAAGCCAAGGCCUGCCUCCAAAGGCGCGGUUAUCUAUGGCAUUAUUCACAUACAAUUUUUUAAACUUAAACAGUGAAAAUUGCUCCCCAGCUAUGGCACAUUGUACCCCAUCCCCAAAAAAUAAAGGAUGGGUUAGAUGGAAAGAUGUCCUGACGGGACAAUGGAUGGGCCCGGAUCCGGUGGUUAGCUGGAACCGAGGCGCGGUUUGUGUCUUUCCGCAGGGACCGGGACGAGAACCACUGUGGGUCCCAGAGAGGUUGAUGCGUGCGACAAGUCCCUCGACUGAAGAUCAGGCCUGUUCCACCAGAGGCCAACCGCAGACCCAACAACAAGAUGAGCCCUAAAAGAACUGCAGGACAAUCCCUUUUUGGGGGCCUGGAACGGCUUGCUCCCCUAUGUGCUACCCUUGCAUACGCAUGGCUCGCUCGCAUGGCCUACGACCGCGUUUAAAAGUGACAGGCUUCCCACAUUCUCCUCCCUAGACAACAACAUGUAGCAGGGUGGGUGAGUCAAUGACGGGUAAGAGCGUGCCUCCCCAGCACGACUCGACCUAAGCCAGGCCCUACCCCAUGGCGCACGAAAGCCACUGGAUCGCUAGAUUCCGCCCCGAAUCUAGAUGCCUCUCCAAAGGGGAUCAUAAGGAGAGACGUGAGCGUAUGCCUAUGUGCACCCAGGUUCCAUCUGACCUAUCCCUGGCCCUGGAAAAAAGGACGAGGGCCUCAAGGCCUUGGUGGACCCUGGGACGGCCGCCCGGGUUCCAACCCAAAGGCCUGCGGUGGGCCUCAGAUACAGGGCGUAGGCCUCUACGCUCGAUCCAGGACAGGCUGCGAUGCGCUCGUUCUUGUAAAAUAAAAUAGGGGGAGAUGUUGGGAGCCGCGGCCGAGCCCGGUCGCCUUACUUGGCGGACGUGAGGCCUGUAGGAAAGAGCAAAGCCUGAGCUAGAUUACCCCUCCCAUCGAGUGUGCUAAGAUGGCGCUUGUCUCCUGCUUCCUGCUUGGUAAACAACCCGCUCUGUAAGAUAGUCUGCCUAGCAACAACUGAUGUUAGCCAAUCAGCCCGCAUCGCGUGCUUUGAACUGAUUGGCCACUGUAACCUUAUAAAAGUGAGUGCCUCUCCCGCCAGAGGGAGAAGCACGGAAGGAGCCGCGGGGAGCGGACCGGUUGAGGCUUCAGCCGGGUAGGAUCCCGGGGCAGACUGUGAGGAAGACAAAUAAAGAAAAGCUUGUCCACCACGAAA